UCCGAUGGCUCAAUGCUCGCACCGUAAAGGAUGCUCACCCUCUACCUCACCAAGCUGAUGCUCUGGCGGCCCUGGGUGGCAAUGCCUUCUUCUCUACAAUGGAUUUGACCUCAGGCUACUACAAUGUGGAGGUGCAUGAAGACGACAAGAAGUUUACAGCCUUCACUUCUCCUUUUGGGUUAUAUGAAUAUAACCGUCUUCCACAAGGACUAUGCAACAGCCCAGCUACAUUCAUGAGGAUGAUGUUGAGUAUUUUUGGGGAUCAACAUUUUUCUAGCCUUCUAUGCUACCUGGACGAUGUGCUGGUUUUUGCCCCGACUGAAGAACUUGGAUUGCAACGCUUGGAGUCAGUUUUGAGCGUCUCAAGGCCCAUAAUCUGAAAUUGUCUCCAAAGAAAUGCCAUUUCAUGAAGAGGUCAGUGCGGUUCUUGGGGCAUGUCAUCAGUGAAGGAGGUGUGGCCACAGACCCAGAAAAAGUGAAGGCUAUUGCAGGGAUGACAGAAGGAUCUCAUGGAGGAUAACAUGGACGUGUCCUCCCAGGGGAAGAUUCGGUCCUUUCUCGGAAUGAUAGUCUAUUACCAGCAGUUCAUUGAGGGGUGCUCCACCAUCGCUAAGCCGCUGCAUGGGCUGACAACUGGGACGAAGGCACCACGCCAUGGGAAAGGAAAGAGGAAAAGAGGAAUACAUAGGAAACUCACAGCAGCAGACUGGACUGGUGAGUGCAAACAGGCCUUUAGUCAGUUGAAACAAGCUCUCCUCGAUCAGGUCAUGCUAGCCCACCCUGAUAUUAGUAGACCUUUCUUGCUGUCUGUAGACGCAUCUAGUAAUGGAUUAGGUGCUGUUCUCUCCCAAGUGCCAGAGGAUGGUUCUGCAGCCAGGCCCGUAGCAUUCGCUAGCAAAUCUCUUACUUAUGCACAGUCAAAGUAUCCUGCCCAUAGGUUAGAGUUUUUUGCUUUACGCUGGGCAGUCUGUGAGAAGUUUAGUCAUUGGCUAAGGGGCAAGCCUUUUACUGUAUGGACAGACAACAACCCAUUAACAUACAUCCUGUCCAAGCCCAAAUUGGACACCUGUGAACAGAGAUGGGUUGCUAAACUCGCUCCAUUCGAGUUUGACAUGAAGUACAUCCCCGGUCCCAAAAAUGUCAUUGCUGAUGCACUCAGUAGACAGCCAUUUGUGCAGCCGAGCGCUCUCCACCGUAUCACAAGGGUUCCGUACAAGGCCUUGCUGGAAGAAGCUGCGGGAGUACAUGCUGAGAAGGUGCAAGAUGUGUUCCGCUGGUCGAAACAUUCGACCUCGAAAGCUGCUCAUCGUCAAUUGAGGCAGAUGCCUGUGAAAUUGUCAUGGACUGCCAAACUACCUCCUAUCCUUCUCCUGGUUCUCUGUCAAAGGAAGCGGUGUCAGCAGUCCUGAGGUCGCAAGAGGAGGCUGGUCUACAGAACUGUGCGCUGCUACUGCCUCAGCUCACUCAGUCACUGGUGCCAUCUGAGAUGUCAGAUGUGAGAGUGCUGUCCCGUGACGACCUGAUAUCAAAGCAGCGCCAGGAUGAUGCACUCGCCAGAGUUGUCUUCUACGUGGACAGGGGCCGUAGACCUUCUAGGAGGGAACGUGGCCAUGAACCAAUCGAGGCUCUGCGGAUUCUGAAGACCUGGGAGAAGCUCACUCUGAAAGUGGGUGUACUAUAUCGCGUUACCAAAAGUUUGCUGUCAAAGAGGAAGACGUACCAGUAUGUAGUACCCACCUCAAUGAGGGCGACAGUUUUGAAGGGUGUCCACGAUGAAGCCGGUCAUCAGGGGCAACAGCGGARGUUGUACUUGACGAGACAGAGGUUCUUCUGGCAUGGUCUGGUGUCGGAUGUGAGAGAGUAUGUCAAGACCUGCAAGAGGUGUGUGUUCAGUAAGGCCCCCGAGCCAGAGGCCAGAGCUCCACUGGAGAACAUCAUCACGACUGAGCCCCUCGAGUUGGUGUGUGUGGACUUCUGGUCUGCUGAAGACUCCAACAACAAGUCCUUGGAUGUUCUGGUCGUCACUGAUCAUUUUACUAAGAUGGCCCAUGCCUUCUUGUGUCCGAACCAAUCAGCUAAAGCAGUGGCCCUUCAGCUGUGGAACAACAUCUURUGUGUGUAUGGUUUUCCUCGUCGUAUCCACUCCGACCAAGGGGCCAACUUUGAAAGUAAAUUGGUUGCGGAGUUGUUGAGUGCUGCAGGAGUCCAGAAGUCGCACACAACUCCCUACCAUCCGAUGGGGAACGGGGGAGUCGAAAGGUUCAAUAGAACGCUGGGAAACAUGACCAGGGCUUUACCUACGAGAGCGAAGCACAGGUGGCCCCAGAAGCUGAAGUCGUUGACCUUCGCCUACAACUGUACAGUCCAUGAAACCACGGGCCACGCCCCUUUCCAGUUGAUGUUUGGGAGAACCCCACGUCUGCCUGUCGACAUGAUGUUUGGUACGGUGCUACAAGACUCAGAUGUUGUAGACUAUGACGAGUACAUCAAGUCCCUGACGAGAGACCUGAGGGAGGCCAUGGAGACUGUACAGGUGUCGUCAACCAAACAGCUGAAGAGGCAUGCGGGCCUCUACAACAGGAAGAUCAGAGGAGCUCCAGUGGAGGUCGGUGAUCGGGUGCUGCUGGCGAAUAAGGGUGAACGUGGAAAGAGGAAGCUGGCGGAUCGCUGGGAGAACAACUUCUAUAUUGUUACGGAGAAGAAUAGUGACAUCCACAUCUUCAAGAUACAGAACAUGUCGACUGGCCAGGAGAAAACGGUCCACCGUAAUCUGAUAAUGCCUGUAAACUUCUUGCCUCUCCCUGACACUGCCUUAGAGACACCUAAUACGGUAGACCGUGAGGAGAUGGAGGACUCAUCCAUGAACGAUAUACCAGAAAUGGACAUCGGUGAGAGGACUAGUGUGUGGGUAUCAGAACAGACCUCGGAGGAAACACAGUCGGAGCCCUCUGAAAAAGAGACCCCAGAUGUGCUGGAAGAUGGGCCACUGGCGAGGGACCCUCAGAACUCACCACAUUCUGAGGGUGCCACUGGUGGCACAAGCAUGUCAGAGGUAACCUUUGGAGAYGAAAWGUCCGYACCCUCUGAGGAAGAAAGGCAUUCUGAAGAUGCCACUGGUGGCACAAGUUCCAGCAACAGUCACAGAACCCUUGACCUUGACUACCCAUCGACUGUGGACAGUGACCCACCAAUGGUGGUUGUAGUUGAACAGGUUAAACGUAAUGAUAACUCUGUUAGGACUGUCAGGUCGGGGGCUGGUCGGGUUAGGAAACGCCCAGUGAGACUAUGCAGACACAGAGGGUUUUGCAUACAGAAUUCAUUAGAGUACCUGUGUGGGUGUAGGAUUAGAAUCCAAGUCUGUAGCCACAUUUCUUUUAUUACUUUUAACUUUCCAUUGACCCCAUGGAGGUAAUGGGUCAGGGGUCAUGUAGGCCAAGGUUUUUCUGUCUGAGGUUCUUAUUGUCACUGAGUGUACUGAACAUGUAACAGGGAUGUUUUCCUACGGGGUCUUUGAAUUCCCCUAAUUCUCUUUUAGAGAAUAGUCUUUGCACUGGAAUAUUUGGUGACAUAUGUAUUGCAAGGUAUUGCAUACCUCAUUUAGUUUAUUUGUAGUAUUCAAGUGUAAUUCAGCAGGGGAGAAUGUAACAGGGUUGGUUAUGUUU